AAAGAUUAUGUAUGCUCAGAUGAUGAAAUGCACACCCCUUGGUCCGAAUUUCUCCUUUGUUUCCUUUUCAUUAUACACUUUCAAAAUGUUGUUUUAAUUUUACUACCGAUACUUCACUCCUUUUUUCUUUUGGGUAUCAUAAACUCCUUCAACUUGAUUUUUCUUCCUUCACUCAGGAUAGUUUGUUUUCUUCUUUCCUUUGUUUAUUAUUAUUGCUAUGUCCAAAGUUGCUGCUUCAUCAAUCCUAAGAGAAUAUAAAAUUGUCAUGGUAGGAGAAGGAGGUGUUGGUAAAUCUGCAAUGACCAUUCAAUAUAUCCAAUCGCAUUUCGUUGAUGAAUAUGACCCAACGAUUGAAGAUUCAUACCGUAAACAAUGCGUAGUCGACGGUGAGUGUGCUUUACUGGAUAUCUUGGAUACAGCGGGUCAAGAAGAAUACAGCGCCAUGAGAGAACAAUAUAUGAGGAAUGGAGAAGGAUUCGUACUAGUAUAUUCAAUCACUUCAAUUCGAACUUUUGAACAGGUUCAAAAAUUGUACGAUCAAAUUGCGCGAGUGAAAGACCUUGAUUCCUUUCCAAUUAUUUUAGUCGGAAACAAAUGCGAUAUUGAACAGGAUAGACAGGUUCCAACUCAUGCUUUGGCCAAGCAUUAUGGGUGUCAAUUCCUAGAAACCUCUGCCAAACAGAGAAUAAGGAUUGAUGAAACUUUUUAUGGCAUUGUUCGUGAAAUAAGACGACUAAAUGAAGAAAAGGAGAGCAAGAACCCAUCCGAAGAUGAAAAGGACAGUUUAAGUUGCUGUCAUGAAUGUAUUAUAUUAUGAAUUCUAUUUUUUUUUUAUUAUUAUUAUUAUUUAAUUUAUUCAAAAAUGUCGAGUGUUGUGAAUGGUUUAUCCUUAUUUUUCUCUUU